GUGUAUAAGUGUCCAUCAAUUUGAAUUCCAGCCGCCCGUCGGCUUCCUUCGUUGUUUGGUCUAACGCAGUCUUGGUGUAGUAUUACCCUAGCCUUGGCUGUGUCUGGUAUGCGCACGCGAACAUGAGAAAGGGGAUGGGCUCGAGUAGUUCAACAUCGUCUGGUGGCGGAAACGAACACACCGGUAAAUUGUAUUUCGAUCCCCUGGCCGAUCAGCCCGGAGAUGGUUAUUUCAUCACGGAUGCAGAACUGCGUGAGAGACUUGGCCAAUUGGUGGAGGCAUCAGAGAAGAUUCUAGAGGUUAGGUAUUACACGAAUCCGCUUUACGGAUGGCAGAUCUGGCAAAACUUGCUCCAUCACGCGUACAUUGUUUUCGAAACGGACCAAUGGUGGUGGUCCAUCGAGAAAAACGAACUUGGCGUCACGAUUCAACGGUCGAAAAAUGAAGCAUACGUUCGCGACAAGUUCCGCAGACAAGAUCGCACGUCGGAUUUAUUUGGGAACGGAAUCCAAUGUGAGCAGAAAUAUAAAGGGAGUCACACUUUGCAAGAGCUCAUUGAUCACAUUUAUAGUAAAGACUACUUGAAUGAAGAAUACAAUGUUGUCAGCAACAACUGCAAAGAUUUCGCUGAUAAAAUAUAUCAAUUCAUUUGAAUAAAUCACCGCUCUGAACAUGUAUAACUGAUGUGUCUCUAACGUUGAUAUUAUAUAGCCUUAUCCCUGCUUUUUUUCUGCUUUGUCCACCGUCUGAUUGCUAAUGUGUACUGCUGCUACUACUAUUUUUUAUUACAACCCAAAUUGAUUAAAAAAUAAAUAUAGUUUUGGGGGU